UAGUUACUUCAAGGACGUUCGUUGUAAUUGGGAUAGGUCGGACGGUGCAACGAAGAAAGAACAUUGUGCAGCGUGGUAACGUGGAAGAGUGGCAACCGCAACGAAAGAGAAAGAGCGAGUGCACGUGUACGAGAAGGAGAGGAAGUGGUCGGUUCCUGAGGAUAGAACGGAACGCCAAAACGUGCGCGGAAAAGAGAAAGAAGCAGACAUCGAGUGAGCGACGAGGAAGCACGAGUGGACUGACUGAUAGGCAUGCGCGCACCCGCGAGAGAAAGAAAGAUGAUUGAACUUGCUUUCGACAUAGGAAAGAACUGUAAAGACUAGAGAAAAAGAGCGGCAGACGAGAGAUGUGACAUGCAGAGCGAGCGACGAGGACGGCGAGUGAAGAGUCACGAGAGCGAGCAUGAGCGACAGAAAUAGCAAAUGCGUGAUCCGAGUGAAGGUUCAUUCAUACCAUGCGAGGCGACGCGUCGCGUCAAUCGGGUGUCAAAUUUUAUUUAUAUAUGACUUUUAAACGGAGUGUCAUUUUGUAUAAUAUGCAUCGCUCUACGUGAAAUCCAUAUAAGACCGUCUUGACGUGACGUUAACGCGACGUGUCAUUUCGCAUAAUAUGAAUAGACCUUGAAGCAUCGCGCGAGCGAGAGGAAAGGCUCGAACGGAUGUGGAGUGGUGGGGGAAAUGUGAGCGGCCGAGCAGGGAGAGCUCGCGCCGGUGCCGUAAGCAUCUGUAAAUGGCGUCUGGCCGUGAGCGUCGGUACGUCACGGACUACUCUCGCAUUCUCGCAACAGUGUGUGAGCGCGACGGACUCGUCUCACGUAUAGUUCACUGAUAGAUCCGCGGUGAUAACAGCGUAAAAACACGUCUAGUUCCAUCAUUCCACGAACUUGCAGGAUUACUGUGCGCCGUAGAACACGCGAUCGCGAGUGUGCGUGCAUCGCAUCUCCGUCACCUCUCUAUUCCUGGCCGUUCCUGCUCCCUCUUUUCCCCCCCGCCCCGCCUCUCCAUUAUCCACCGCCUGGCCCAUCGUCCGUUCUUGCCUGCCUCGCGUCCCUCUCUCACCCGCGACAACGACGUGUCCCGCGUUCGUCUGUGUUUCUCCACAAACGGGGGGGGGUGGGGGAGGGUAAUCGUAUGCCUUGCUUCCUGGUGUGUGCGCGUCAAUGCUCAGUGGCGCCCUUCGAAGUCGAAUUCGCGUGCAGGCAACAUGGAGGAAGGUGCGGUGGUGCUACGAUAGUGGUUUCCAAGCGAGAAGAGUGCUACGCGACGACAACAGCGCCACGGUACCCGGAACAACGAGUAUAUCGGCUCCUAUCGUCUCCCACUGCUGCUUCUCUUCUUCCUUCAUCUCCUUGUCCGCUGUAUCCUCCAUCUUCUUCGCCGCCUCUUCCUUUUACGUCUCCUCAAUCUCCUUUUUCUUCUCUUUCGUCUCUCCUUUCUUCCUUGGUAACUACGGUGACGGCGACGACGACGACGACGACGACGAUAACGACGAUAACGACGACGACGACGACGACAACGACAACGACAACAACGACAACAACGACGAAAACUGCGGCAACGGCAGCGGCAGCGGUGACGGCAACGACGAGUCAACACGCCGGUUGCUCCCUCACCUUUGUUCGGACCGGCGAUUCCGUCGCUGCGAAGCCUACAGGACAUUCAGUGGAGACGCGAAACAAUUAAAGAGGAGACGACGAGUAUUUGCUUAGAAAGAGAAUUUUCGGAGGAGGAUGCUCGGCAGUUGGGGCUGCGAAGAAGAAUUGGAGUUGGGAGAGGGUAGUACGACAUCCGCCUCGUCGCAAGAGAGACAAAGACGAGAGAGCCCAGACUCGACGCAUCCUGUCCCUGACAGCCGGGUGCUGAGGUAUGCACCCAGCCGGUGUCACCACCCUCCCAGCUACAGCUCGCCACAUUUCAGCACGCAGCCUCCUCUCGACUGUACAGACUAGCAGCGUGAGGUGGCCAAAAUGCUGACUGCACAUCCUGAAAUGCACGAGAAGCGGGACAGCCUCGGCGGCGGGCAAUAUGGGACAGGCGGGGGUGGUGGCACCUCGAUUGAGGAGAAAUCUAUUCCGGAACAACCACCCCCGCCUUCCGGACCGCCGCAACGAGAUCUAUCGGAUCCCAUCAUCACCGCUAAGAAGCUUCCAAAGAAACGAAAAUUCGAUCCUUCCGAACUCGAGGAGAUAGACAAGAUCAGCAAUGUCAGUAGCAAUAUCAACAACAUGAUUAAUAUACGCGCGCCAACUAUACCGCUCGGCGGUCAGCCGGCUCUAGGUCAGCAAUCGAGCUUAUCGACUACCACCACUAGCCGACAGUCACCGCAGCAACAAGAGUCCGAUUAUCAAGUAUCCUCGGCUCAUUCGGUAGUGGUGUUACCUCCUCAAAGCACAGCGGUGGAUUAUUCUCUUCGCGAGGAACCUUUACGCUCUCGUCCACGGCUUACUAUUGAUCUCACUGAGUGGCGCGAUCACAGAGUGUUAGCUUUAAGGGAUUCAUAUUAUUAUCCAGGUGUUAUACGUAACGUUGUUGACGGUGUGAUAUUCAUCGAGUUCGACGGCGAGAGAAAGUUGACGCGUUACAGUGACGUUCUGGGCGCGAGAAGAUACGACGUAAUAGGUGAUGCAAGCCCGUCUCUGGGACAGGUGACUUUGGAUACGAAGGUUUGCAUCAAGUGUCCAAUCGCGAACUGCCACGUGGACGUGACGAAGGUGUUUGUCAAGGGGACGGUCUGCAAGAUAUUAACGAAACCUUAUCGUUUUGUUGUGAAAAUACCGCGGGAGGACGAUCGGAGUGACAGUUAUGUAGUGAAACGCGCGGACUUGCGGCUGGUGCAACCUCCGUGGGCCGACGAGUUGGAGGAGGGGCUGGAAGAAUGCGAUCCUGCGAAAGUCGAGGCUAUUGAACACGGAUAUCGCAGUACCGCGGAACCUCCGACAGCAGUGCCAAGUUUGCAAAUUCAUCACACUUCUCAUCAUGCAUCGCAUAUAUCAUCGCAUAACGAUACGAGCUAUUAUAGAACGACCGGUACCAGCCCUCUCAUGACUUUAGGCACUCCUGCGCAUUCCGCCACGGCGUUGAGUAACGGUAGCCGGCCGUAUGACGAUUUGGAAAGCGAGGAUGACUUGGACAGGGAGGACAUUACAUUUCCCUCGGAUGCAGAUGCAAAAUUGUCAGGGAGCAGCAAAAGAAGCAGCAUGCAGAGCCGAGGAAGCACCAGUAGCCUAGUUGAACAACGUAGUAUAACGCCCCGUUCUCAGGCAGCCACACCCAGAUCUCAGGCGGCAACGCCACAUAGGUAUAAAAAGGGUGACGUAGUGGCUACACCAAGCGGAGUCAGAAAGAAAUUCAAUGGGAAACAGUGGCGUAGACUCUGUAGCAAGGAGGGAUGUAACAAGGAAAGCCAGCGAAGAGGAUAUUGUUCUCGUCACCUUAGUUUAAAAGGAUCUGGUCUUAGAGGUCCGACGAACACAUUUUCCGGUAAGAUGGACGGCGAAGAAACAUCGAGAGAUUCCGAUACUUCGCCGAAUUACGGUGACAGAAGAAUAGCGGGUAGAUUCGAUCAAGACGAAACUGAAGCUGCUAAUAUGCUUGUGUCUUUAGGGAGUUCCAGAUCGGCUACGCCAGCUUUUUCAUCGCCGACGGGCCAAUCUUCUAUAUCUCCAUGCAUAAACCAGUCGCCGGUGCCGCCGUUGGGGCUCAAUCAGAACAAUGUAUUCAUGCCUAUUUCGAGCCCCGCUCAUCAUGCAACUCCGCUUAUCUCGCCUGGUGCAAAAUGGAAGCACUCUCCUACGCAGUCCAACUUUUUGGUCCAAUAUCCGCAGCAAGUGAUAAAACCCGAGCCGAAUCGAGUGGUUAGAUCGAAUCGACCGGCUCCGACGGCGCCUGUGCCCGCCAGCAUAGGGACAAGCGUGAUAAGAAUCUCCCCGGUAGGCCGCAGCAUGCAGCCCGGACAGAAUCUAACUCUGUCGUGGUCGGAGCAGAGCCCGCCGCCGACGAGACACCCCUCGGUCGUUACGUCUAUCGCCCAGCAACAGCAGGGCAUCAUCUUGCAGCACGCUCUAACGUCGAGCAACGACUUUGCCAAUCACACCGAGAUGCCCGAGCAGAGCCCGCAACUGAUGAAAUCGUCGCAGUCGCCGCAGAUGCCGCUGUCCGCCGCCCCGGUGCCGCAAAACCUGGCGCUUAUACACAAACCGCUGGAGCAACCGGUGGACUACGCGCCACCGCAGUCUCAGGGCCAGCCGAUCUACGUGAUGCAUCAGCACGAAAAAAAGUACUUUGUGAUAAAAAACAGCAUGGACGUACCGCCACCGGUGGGCACGCACAUUACCAAUCAGGAUGACAAGUAUCGGCAGGGACUGAUAAAUCACCUCAGCCAAUUGCCGACGCCCACGUUGCAUCAAGUCCCGUGUCAGCAGCCACCUCAAUCACCCGCGGUUUCAUCCGUCCACAUCGACAAGCUAUCCGUUUUGCAACCUGUGAAUAAAGUGGGCACGCACACGACUGUGCAUAUGGACGCGCAGAGAAGUCAGCCUACGAGCGCUGUAAUGACAUCCACCACAGAGUCCAAUCAGUCUGCUCCGACAAGUGUCUUCCAGCAUGUAAUUGUUCAACCCGGACAUUUGGUGCAGAUUCAAAAAGCGCAGCCCGCCAGGGAAGAGAAUGCAAAGAACAACGGUAUCCUCUAUGGCAGCCAUGAAGUUCCUCCUGCAUACCAGCCCCAUCCCCCAACAUUACUGAACAAUGCAGUACGCAACUGGAAAAAAGCUUUUUCCUGGCAGACGACAGUUUUGGAACAAUCAGAGGUGAGCCCUCCUCCUUCCGCUUUGAGCCCACCUCUGAGCGCACCUCCAAUUCCAAUAAGUAUGAGCACUCCUGCUGAAGAUGGACCUGGUGCUGGUCCAGAUCCCAUAACACCCGCUGAGGAAGAGGACGAUGAUGUUUUUGGAGCAGAACCAACUCCACCCGCGGAAGUGGAAGCCAAUGCUAAUAAGAGACGCAGUCAAUCGCUCAGCGCUUUGCAACCGCAGACUCCAUUGAAAGCUAAAGACAGAAUACGGCGACCCAUGAAUGCAUUUAUGAUUUUUUCAAAACGACAUCGCGCCGUCGUGCAUCAACGUCAUCCGAAUCAAGAUAAUCGUACGGUGUCCAAGAUAUUGGGAGAAUGGUGGUACGCGUUGAAGCCGGAGGAGAAACAAAAGUAUCACGAGCUUGCCUUGGAAGUUAAGGAGGCGCAUUUUAAGGCGCAUCCGGACUGGAAGUGGUGCAGUAAGGACAGAAGUCGAAAGUCGUCAACGACGAGCUUCAAGGGAAGCGAAAGCAGGACCAAACUGAAUAGCACAGGAGAGGAAACAGAUCCUCUGCAGUGUUCUUCCUCGGAGGAUCCAUUAGUUGAUCCAUUAACGAUCUCGUCCGUCGACGAAGUACCUACUCCGAUUACUACUACGUACAGCGAACCUCCCGCUAAUAUUGAGAUUAUGAAUCAAUCACACGCGCAACAUCGGACUUCGGAAAUCCCUUUGCAAAUUGAAAACGCGGAGGUCGACGUCAAGCCGGACGACGAUGCGAAUGGAUCGGACGACGAUCAGAUGGUUAUUUGCGAGGAUCCUCAACCGGAAAUCGACUUGAAGUGUAAAGAUAAAUUGACGGACAGUGAUAACGAUGUGCAAGAUGAAGACGCGGAGAAGAAAUGCUUCAAUCAAUCGCAAUUCUCGCCUGUGAGUCAAAAGAGGGAAGUGAUGAAUGUUAAACAGGAGAUAACCUGCAGGCCUAAACCGAUAAAAGCACGGAUACCCUCAACAGGUAUAGAAUCUACAACAAAGUAUCACCACACUUCCAUGGAUAAAGGCGGUACUGUAUCAGUUUUGUCGAGUACGUAUCCUUAUCACAGUCCUGUCAAUCCAACAGGAGUGUCAGGGUUCCAACCUACCGGCGGCGCUUUCAUAACUAUGCCAAUCUCGCCGAAAGUUAUUAAGCCGGAGCCCGUGAAGAGCGAACAGCAGUACAGCACUCAGUACAGUGUGAACAAUCUCGUGAGCAUCCACACUGAGAACGGACGGAACAUGCCCAAGUUCACAGCAGCUCCAGUAUUACACACGAUUGGAACGAAACCUAUGAUGGCGCUGUUGAAACAACAGCAGCCGUUGCAGUCAUUAGGCACUCCUCUUGGCCCCCUUACUUCAACUGUCCCUUAUCAACUAACAUUGCUCGAUAACGAUUUGGUGGCUGUUUCCAAACCGCAGCAGGGAUCGCAGUACCUAAAUCCGGCGCCGCCGCACCCCAGGAUGUACAGUGGAUUUCAGAUACCCAUCACUGAUACCAAUGGCCGCAACAACUCCAUACCCGUGCAAAAUCUCGUUUCCAACAAGAUGGAAAUACAAAGCGUGAUUGUGACCAAGCCGUAUCCCGUCUCGACGAAUUCCUCCACCACGUCGACUUAUCGAGGAGGGUUCGGUCAUUCUAUCGCUCGCCUCGCGGAAUCCGAUGACAAUCAACCGACUACGAAUCACGCUCAGUUUUACGUUAGUAAUAUAAAAACGGAAGAUAGAAAGGAAAGCAUAAACAUACUUUCCGCGAGUAAUGAGAAACUUAAGCAACCGUCGACGCCUCACACGCCGCACACACCUCAAAACAAUCACGGAAGCAGCGAUCUAUCGUCAAGUAAAUCAUACACAUUCGACGAAGUUCAGAGCAAUGAUGUAGGGCCGAGCAAGGGCCCGUUUAUGCUCGCUCCGACUCCAGCACAACUCGGUCGAGCACCACUGCAAAGGAGACAAUCAAUGGCAAUGCCUCCCGCAUCAACUGCAGGAGACCAUGGGCCAAUGGCGACAUCUCAACAUUGUGAUAAUCGGCUACAAACCAAUACGUCUCAAAUGGCAGAACAGGCACAACAGCAGAAUAUGUCAGAAUCUCAUACUUCUCCUUCCCCCUCUACAAAGAAAGGUUCUUUCUUCAAGAAAAACGUGGAGGAUGGUAUGGACAGAGUUCUCGAGCAAGUAAACUUCCAAGAAAAAUUUUCCUCGUUACCGGAAUUCAAACCAGAGGAUAUACAAAGUCCGAGCGCGAUCAGUAUAAACACUCCAGGUUCAUCCAGCCACAGCAGCGUAACUUCUGGAUUACACUCGCAAACACCUAUGCAUUUGCCAACUUAUCGAAAGAAGUCUGCACAAGGACCUCAUAGGCCCACAAUGAAUGAGGACGAGAUUGAUUCGGACACAUCGAUACCAGCUACUCCAAAAUCUGCUUCGAGCAUCAAACUGACAGGCAACACAUUCUUCGGUCCGGAUUUCAACGUUGACGCUUACAGGGCCAACAACGAUCUGAUGGACGUCGAGGCUAGUUCUCCGCGAACUCCGAAAACUCCCGGCGGCAGUGCUGGGAAUGCCGUAGGCAUCGGCAGAAGUGACAACGAGCGCGGCCACAGGAAGAUUCUGGAGCAACGGAGAAAUCUGGUGAUGCAACUGUUUCAGGAACAUGGUUACUUUCCAUCCACGCAAGCCACUUCUACUUUUCAAACCAAACAUGCGGAUAUAUUUCCCACCAAGACGAGUUUGCAAUUGAAGAUCCGCGAGGUUAGACAGAAGUUGAAGGCCAAUUCGACGCCGAUGAGCGCCAACAGCCUCAUCAGUCCGUUGCCAGUCUCCGAAUCCUCGCCUGUCGUAACCGAUACAUUGAUCGCUCCUCCGACAUCGAUGGGAGCUCCACAUUCACUGCCCGUAAGCAGUAGUGGUAGCUAGCACCCACGUGCCAACUGUGAUACUAUGCAUCCCCUUGCUCCGCAACACGAGUACAUCAUUAUCCUUUGAAAAGCAAAGUGUUUUACUAGAGAGAAGCCGUUAGUGCGCACUUGUCCUUCGGACCUUGUCAAGUGCCGCAAAAAAGGCUUUAGUGCAAUUUUAAAUUACGAUACGAAACUUGGUGCGAUAACUUAGCCGGCAUGUCGCGAUGUGUUGAUAUACGAGUAUCAGAUCCGAUUUUGUAUAUAUAAUAUUUCAAGUAUUAACUGUUUAUCAAGAUAUCAGCUGCUCUCUUGGGAGUAUGUGUUCGGACAAUCUGUGUUCGCGAUCGUCGUUAAACGACGAGAUGAAGAGAAAAUUUAUCAAUAUUUCUGUAGUAGACAAGUUUCAAAACUUGGCGAUUUGUGUUUUUCUUCCGCGAACCCGGCUUUCACGCGAGACUUUACAGACAUAAUGUCUCGUCGAGUGGCGAAUAACGUAAUACAUAGUAACGAAUGUCAUGCAAGAUGAACAUGGCUAUGUAAAUUUACAUAGCCGUUAAACUGUGCAAUUCUUACAGGACGAACUCGCUCUUUGAAGACGGAAAGACAAAAUUGCAUUGCAGUUCUAAAAAUGGUUUAAAAAGAAAAUGAGAACGAUAAUGAAUAUAAUAUUAUUUUGCUCCGCAAUUCUUGAUUAUGCAAUUGAUAUUUCUACAUCAACACGUCCUGCGUGAUUCGCGGAAAGGCCUAAGCCGUUGUUAAAUAUUGUUGAAAAUAUGAAAUGAGAUUCAUAGAGAAAGAGAAAAGGUAAAGGAGAGAGAGACAGAGAGAAAGAAUCAUAAUCGGAAAUAUUAUGCGACAUAGAAUUAAUGUAUCAUUAUAAAAUGAGAUCAGAGUUUAUAUACUUUAGUUAUACUUUAUAUAUCAUAUACGAGUCCCAGAAAAAACUAUAGAACGAAAAAAUCGCGAUAAGAACUGCACCAAAUUUGUGUAUUACACUCAUCGGGGAGAUGUUUAUUUCACUUGUAAAUAUUGCGGAACGAUCUUGAGGCAGAAGAUAUCUGAACAGUUGAAGUAUAUCUGCAAUUCUCUAUUUAAAGAAAUAUUAAAAGCAACGCAUUCUCUUGACCGAUAGAUUAUAAAUACCGGAGAUAUAAAAAGAAAAAAACCGUGCCAUUGUGCGGCGACAAAGCGAAGGGAAUGUAAUGCGCUGUAAUUCCCGUACUAGUGAAGGAAUGAUUGUUAGAUAAUUCUUGAUAUAAAUAAUAUGUAAUAUGUUUUCCGACACUAUUGAAAGUACUUAUUCUACUGUUUUUUAGACCUUUGCUAAGAUUCAACGCGCUAAUCGCAUAUUUUAUAAGUAUUUUAAAAGCGGUCUAUCUUUAUUCUUUUUUUUCCAUUUUUUUCAUUUAUCUUAUUUUUUUCUCUUUUUUUUUUGGCCUUAGAUUUAAGUGUUUUUACACAGGCUGUAUUUUUUUUCCAUUUUUUUUUUGGCCGUGACAAAUACAUAUUUUAUUAUUAUCUCUGUUGCACGUGUCAAGUACUUAAUAUGUACUGUAUGAAGAGACGAGAACAAAAUCUAUUCGUUGUUAAGGUUUCAAAUAUCGAUGCCGAUCAACAAUUGGUGGUAAUUAUCUUCAAUAGUAGCGCGUUGAAAAGUAAAAAGAGCGUAUACUUUUAUUAAAAUAUAAAUGUUUAUAAUGAAUUUGUAUUAUAUAUGAAAGGGGAUCAGUGUUGUUGUUAUAGCAUGCAUUUUAAUAAGUUUAUUCUCUUUAUUAUACAUAAACGGUACGACGUGUAUCGCGUCUGUUUUAACAUCUUUUACUGAUCCAACGUUUUUCCCUCCUUUUUUACGUUGUUAAAGCUCUCAGAGUUAUUGCGUUGAAUUUUAGCAAGGAUUGUUGAAUUUGGCUGUAAAAUAGAUUAUGUAAUUAGUGAUAUGUUUAUAUA